AUGUCGACUGCUGCCCCACAAGAAAAUUCUCCUGAAUUGAAGUUAUCGCCGAGUUCCAAACUUAAUGGAUUCGAAUGGUGGAGAAGAACACUUCUGUACCAAACUGGGUUAGGAUUAAAUGCUGAAGAAAAAGCACAGUAUGAAUUUGAUUACAAUAAUAGAAAUCUUGCAGAGAAAUGCCAGCAAUGCAAUGAGUAUCGUAAUUGGAUGUUAGAAUAUUCUCCAUCUGUUUUGUUUAUGAUGGAUCAUAUCAAGAAAUUGACUAAAGAUAAAGAACCAAUACUAACCAAAGAGAACAUUACUUGUGAUGUGUGUGAUUUCACAAAAGGUGGUGGAUUUCAUCCUGAUGAAGGAAUAUUAUUAUGUGCCAACUGGAUAAGAAAUAAGUGGCAAUUGGAAGAUAUCCUAACACAUGAGCUAGUUCAUGUUUAUGAUUACUUGAAGUUUAAUCUCGAUAUGAACAACUUGAGACACCAUGCAUGUACAGAAAUCAGAGCUUCUAUGCUUAGUGGUGAGUGUAGAAUCUGGCAAGAAAUCAAGAAAACAGGAUUGGGGAAUUUUGGGAAAAAAUUCCAGGAUUGUAUCAAGAGACGUGCUGUUUUAUCUGUCUCUAGUAAUCCGAUUUGUAAAUCACCUGAAGAGGCAGAAAAAGUGGUCAGUACAGUUUGGAAUUCAUGUUUUAAUGACACAAGACCUUUCGAAAGAGUCUAUAGAUAG